UCCAUCCAACCCAAGAAAAAGUUUAUUCCUUUCCCCCCGAAUCACUCAGCCGCUGCGCCGGGAAGGUCAUGGCGGCGGCCCUCCGCCGUCGCGACCUCCUCCUGCCGCUGCCGGCGGUCGCCGCCCUGCUGCUGCUGCUGCUUCCCCUCGCCGGACGCGCGGCGGCCGACUCCCCCGGCUGCUCCAACAAGCUCCAGCCGGUUAAGCUGAAGAAGAACUGGGUGAGUGGAACCCAGGGCACGACCGUUGCUGUAAUGAGCGCGACAUUCGGAGCCACCUUGCCCACAACUGUCAACGAGGCUCAGAGAACAUGCGCUGCCCUCACCGACCCUCUUGACCGCUGCUCCAAUACAGCCUCAGAGUUAACGGUUCCUGUCGCCUUAGCGACACGUGGACAGUGUGCUCUCACCGCUCAAGCAGAAACUGCACAGCCUGCUGCUGAUGACGGAGAGCUUCAUAAGAUGGUUUGCAGUGCCAGUGAUCCUUCAAUUAAUGAGCCAAGUCGUCCGGUUGUGGACCCUUCACUAUGCUUCUUGUUCAUAAUGGCUGUAGGAACUAUAGUCUGCUCCUCACUCUGGGGUGAAUUCGUUGCAUGCCAACCGAUUGAUGAGCGUUAUAAUCAGCUGACAUGGCAGCAGGGACCGAAUUCUGGGACAAACGACAGACAAGAUAAACAAAUCAUUGAAAUCACCGCAAAGAGAGCUAGUUUUCAAAUUGUAGGAUGUUCAGUUCUCCUUCUCCUGUUCUACUUCAUGUCGUCUUGGGUCGCCUGGCUACUCAUUGUAUUGUUCUGCAUUGGUGGUAUUCAAGGUAUGCAUGUUUGCUUGGUGACAAUUAUCUCUAGGAUUUAUAAGGAUUGGAGAAAUAAAACUGUACAAUUGCCGUUGUACGGGGAGGUCUUAACCUUGUCUCUUGGAGUGGCACCAUUCUGUACGGUAUUUGUCAUUCUAUGGGCUGCUUAUCGGCAUUCUUCGUUUGCUUGGAUAGGUCAAGACAUCCUUGGUAUCUGCUGGAUGAUAAACAUAAUUCAGAAGGAGCAUUUACCUAAUAUCAGGGUUGCAUCGGUUCUCCUUGGUGCUUCAUUUGUGUAUGACAUCUUCUGGGUCUUCAUUUCACCUCUUAUAUUCCAUGAGAGUGUUAUGUUUGCAGUUGCAAGUGGUGGCAGCUCAGGGGAAGUGAUUCCGAUGCUCCUAAGAAUACCUCGUUUCUUUGAUCCAUUGGGUGGAUACGCCAUGUUAGGCUUUGGUGAUAUUAUUUCCCCUGGACAGCUCAUCGCAUUCAGCUACAGGCCUUUUCCUUGCCUGUCUUGGGAUCUUCCUAAUGGAUGGCCAUGGUCAACCAGCGAUGAUGUACCUAGUACCAUGCACCCUAGAAGCAAGAGGCAUAUGACAGAAGGCAAGAGUCAAUUGACGAGGAAAGUGAUGAAGCGGUUGAGAAGAUGGCAAGUGAAACCAAAGAGUAUUAAAGUCAAGGAUGUCGAUGUUGAUAGGACAACUGAUCUCUCCAUGCCUGUUUUGGCUCCAUAUACAUGGCCUUGCCCCCAUAUUGGGGGGGGGGGGGGGAUCCUUGCCCCCAUAUUGAAUUCUUGUUUUUCUAAUGCUAUAAUAAUAAUAAUAAUAGAAAUUUGUUGUUGUUAUGUAGGAAAUGAUCGGAAGCUUCUUGAAAAAUGGCCCCUUGUGUUUCAUGGCUUAUUGCAACGUAUUCCCCAUAUGGGCCUUUGGAGAGUAUCACAGAUUAGUAUAUUGCUCUGUCUAAAUUGGUACCUUGUGGUAUGAAGCGACUGAAUGUUGCCCCUCCUCUGCUUUCAUGUGUGAUAAAAGGGAAGAAAACAGGAGCAAUCAAUCCAGAAGGAAUAAGCAGAAUGUGCAGCCAGCAUGUACAGUAGACAGUAUAUGUUGCCAUCAUCAUGUCAUGUGUAUGCCACAAGCAAAAGGCAUGUCCUAAACUAGUACACUGGACUAGAUUUGUGUUUUUGUGUGUGACACAGCUAGACGAGCAAAGGAAGGGGGUAGUGCUUAAUUACCAGUGAAGGGAUAAAAAGGAGGGCAUAUGGACACUGGUGAUGCAGCAUCACCCGGAUUUAUUCAUGAUGUGGAUUGUGACACUGUGAGAGCUUUUCAAAGGAAAAAGAGGAGAAAAUGAUGGGAAGAGGUCAAGAGGGGUGGUGUGGACAUGCAACUAACUGUAUCAUGUAUCAGGCAGGACAGACAGCAGCAAAAGCAAUUCAGCCUUGAGCAAAAGCAAGAAGCUGUAUGUGAAUAUUUUAGCAGCAUGUAGAGGUAGGGACUGCACACCCUAUAUACUACAGAACUGUUACAGGUAAAUAAAUUGUUACAGGCAUGAUUUAUUUUUAUGAUUUGUUGGACAAGAUCAACUUUUUUUAGGGAGGGAUGGGCCCUGCAUUCCAUGUGUUGAUUGUUGGGGUGAUGUUAUCUGAUUGCUGAUUGCAAACACUAUGCUACUAUAUUUAUAUGUAUGAUGACGAUGAUGAUGAUUAGAUUACGAAUGGUUCUGCUCGCCA